CUCACAGGGCAACAGGAGGUGAUCAAGAGCGGAGGGGACUGCCGGGUGAUGCCUUCAGGACCAGGUCCCCCUACCCUUGUUAAACCUAGGCAAAAAUGUCAGCCCAGUCUCUUCCCCUAGCAACACCUCCAUCUCAGAAGCCUCCUCGAGUCACUCGUCCCCACCCUCCUUCGAGACUACGGACUAAUCCACCCCCAGGGUCACUCUUCAAUGGGUCCUCUCACCAGGCAGGGUCUACCCCACCUACUUCUCAUGAUCCAUUAAUCAUAACCCCAUUGUGUGAUUCUCUCCCCACCUCUACCAAGCCCAUAAUUCUUCCAUCCACACCAUCGCCUAAAUCUAGCUCCCUUUCUUUGGUUCCAUCAGACUCUUCUUCCAGUUCCCCAAGUCCCCAGGCCCUGAGCCCUGGUCUCCCUAAGCUGCUUCCCCCAUUCCCAGCUUCCCAGAUCAAUUCCCCUGAACCUAUCAGUCCCUCUCAGUCCUCAUCUCCCAAAUCCCUGUCCCUGCCCCAUCACCCCUCAGUAUCUGGCACUGUCCGGAGACUAGCUGGGAAGUUUGAGGCAGGGUCCACAGUAGGGGGUCAAGUUGGGGAAGCCCCACUUCCCUGUCUUCAGGGUGGAGUGGAUGACAAUGGAGAGAAAGAAGACUGCCAUGAUCCUCUGGAAGGGAGUGGACCCCAGGAGAAUGGAUGUCUGGAUACUCCCUUGUCCUGUCCACCUCGUUGCCCCUGUCUCUGUCAUUUGGCACAUCCUGGCCUGGAACUGAAGUGGGUGUCUGUAGGGGACAGUGAGGAAGUCUCCCGUGUUCCUCCUCGUUGCCCCACACGCUCUCUCCCCAGCCCACCAAGUAACAAGAACACCUCUGUCGUUCUCACAUCCUACCGAUCCAUGGUGGAGCACAAACUCCUCCCCCCUCUCACACCUCCCAAACCUACUUGGGCCAGGAAGGAGGCCACCUGCCCUGAGCAUCCUCCAGAGACAGACCUCAACCUGCCCUCCAAAGAUGGGACUCACCCAGGGGAUAGUCUGGAAGAAGGUCCGAAGACCCCUGUGGGCAGGGACCAAGAGCUAGAGGUUCUGAAUGAAGAAGAUUGGGGCCUGCCUCUGCAGGAUGAGCCCCUGUACCAGACAGCUGUGCUAGCUGAAGAGCUGUGGGGAGUUGGCAAGGACGGGAAGCUCCUCCCAACAAAUCUCAGAGAACCCUCAGAACCUCGAAAUACACUGUGGCAGGAGCUUCCUACAGUGCAGGAGAGUGGCCUCUUAAAAACCCUGAGCCCUCAGGAGAGGAGGAUGCAGGAGAGUCUAUUUGAGGUGGUGACAUCAGAGGCCUCCUACCUCCGUUCACUUCAACUGCUGAUGGACACCUUCGUGCUAAGUGCUUCGCUCCGAGAUACACUGACACCCCGAGACCACCAUACUCUGUUCUCUAAUGUGCAUCGUGUCCAGGGUGUCAGUGAGCGGUUUCUGGGAGUUCUACUAUCCCGAGUGAGGAGCUCCCCUCACAUCAGUGACUUGUGUGAUGUGGUGCAUGCCCAUGCUGAGGGCCCCUUCUCCGUGUAUGUGGAUUAUGUGAGGAAUCAGCAGUAUCAGGAGGAGACAUAUAGACGCUUGAUGGAGACAAACAUGCGUUUCUCAGCAGAACUGCAUCGGCUACAGAGCCUGCCCCAGUGCCAGAGGCUCCCACUGCCUUCCUUCCUGCUGCUUCCCUUCCAGCGCAUCACCCGGCUCCGAAUGUUGCUUCAGAACAUCCUUCGUCAGACUGAGGAGGGCUCUAGCAGACGAGAGAAUGCCCAGAAAGCAUUGGGGGCCAUAAGCAAGAUUAUUGAGAGAUGCAGCGCUGAGGUUGGGCGAAUGAAACAGACAGAGGAGCUGAUCCGGCUCAGCCAGAGACUGCGUUUCCACAAAGUCAAGGCUUUACCUCUGGUCUCCUGGUCCCGGCGUCUGGAACUGCAAGGAGAGCUGAUGGAGUUGGGAAGUCGGAAGGGCAGGUCCCUCUUCAAUUCUCGCCCCCGACUUACUCCCCUCUGUCUCCUGCUCUUCAGCGACCUGCUGCUCAUCACUCAGCCUAAGAGUGGGCAAAGGUUACAUGUUCUGGAUUAUGCCCACCGAUCCCUGGUUCAAGCCCAGCCGGUUCCAGACCCUUCUGGUCCCCCAACUUUUCGCCUCUCACUACUCAGCAACCACCAGGGCUGCCCUACCCACCGACUACUCCAAACCUCUUCUCUGUCUGACAUGCAGCGCUGGCUGGGGGCCUUCCCCACUCCGGGACCCCCUCCUUGUUCUCCAGACACCAUCUAUGAGGAGUGGGAUUGCCCCCAGGCCCUGAGCAUAAAUUCUCAUGUAACUGCCAAGACAAAGGAGCUGAGCCUGGAGCCUGGGGACCUAGUCAACCAAUUUCGCAAAAGUCCGGAGGCCUGGCUGAAGGGUAUCCAUGGGUCGUAUGCUGCACAGUUAGCCAGUGAGGUGACAGGUGAGCACACCCGGCGGAAAAACCUGCAACAGCAGAAGCAGCUACUUCGAGAGGCUGGCAAGCAGCUACACACAACACCCACACUCUCCCUCUCCCAGUGCUAGCAGAGGCCUCCUGCACUAAGGGAGGUCCUUUGUGGACCCAGGCUCACAACUCCCCUUGAGGACACCACUCUUGGAACAGCCAAUGCGGGACUGGCGUGCCUCUGAGCAGCCAAUGAAGACAGUCAUCUCAGACCCCAACCAAUGAAAAUGAUAGUUCCCCGAAGUGGCAACCAAUGGGAGACUGAUACUCAAGACAUAGGAGCCAAUGAAUGCAUCUUCUUUCUUAAAAAAGAUUGGAGAACAAAGACUCUUCAUCCUCAUUGUGCUUACAGUUUUUGAGGACUGCAGUGGCCAAGAAAACAUUUUCAUUCAGGACCUGGUGUGUAAAACUGGUGUAUGGAGGGUUUAGGAAGGACCAGAACCUUUGGUGUGAGAGCUGGCCGAGCCCCUUUCAGGGCUGCUCAUCCACCUUGUGUGCCACCUGGCACUCAACUUUCAUUUGUGAUUCCAAGAAGCUGUAGCCUAGGCAGCAGCCACAUCCCUCUAGACAAAUGAGCUAAACUAGGUUGAGGGUAAUCAACUCAAACCUGUUGGGGAGUUAGGGAGAUAUCUACCCCAAGCACAUGAAGAUUUCCAUAGCCUAAUGGGCCAAUAAAAACAGUUCGUUCCAAUGGCCAUGAAGGUGGCUGAAGCAGGUUCUGUGGAGCACUUAGAGCUUGGUCAGACAUGGAAGACUCCAAGGUCACCCACUGCAACCCAGACCAUAGCCAAUUGUUCUGACUUGUCUUGCUAUUGGGCUUUUAUGACUCUGGAAGUGUGCUAGAGUGUGCAACUCUGCCUCGUUUUAAUACUAUGCACAUUUAAGUCAAGAAAUCACCCCAUGAUGUCAUUGGUCCUCUUUGAAGGGAAGGAGGAACAGCUUACAGCUUGCAAGGACACCAUUUGCCAAAAAGCCAUUUUUAGGACCAAACAGCCAAAGAAGGAUAAAGGCACUAAUGUGGUAACCAGCCAACCAGAAUGGAACUUCAAAAAUUUUUCUUAUUGAGCCUCAGCCACACACUUAGACCACUGUUCUUGGGAUGCCCCCUCCUAUCACUAUGGAAUCCAGGAUGUUUGUGUGUGGAGGGAAGACCUGAAUAUGGGGUGAAACUAAGAAAAUGUGACAGGUUUGCUUUUAAAUCCCAGUUGGGACUUCCAAGAGUUGAUUUGCCAAACCAUCUUUGACUGGUUGCCAAAGCUUUCCUCUCCGUCACUAGAUUUUUUUUACCCCUUUCUCCCCAUUUCUGGAGUACAUCAUAAGUGGGUCUUGGAAGUGAAUGAUGCUGGGGUAGGAGCAUAGAACAACUCAUGGGGAGGGUGUGAGAGAAGGAGAGUAGGUGCUUGAACCAAGGAAUAGAAGAAAUAUAUUGAGACUGGGGUGGGGGCGGUGUUAGGAGGUUUUGUCACUUAAUCAACUGUGUGACCUUGAACAAGUCAAUUCUCCUCUCUGAGACUCAGUUUCUGUACCCUAGUCAACAUACAUUUAUUAAGAGCUUCCCAUGUGUCAGGAACUGUGCUAAGCAUGGGGGCUUUUAAAAGCAAGGCAAAAACAUAGUCACUGCCCUCAAAGAGUUCACCUUCUCUAGAGCCUCUAAAAUGGGACUAAUACCUACCUCACAGGAUAGUUUGAUAAUCUACAAGAUAAUGGAUAUCAGAGCGCUUAGCAAACUAUAAAGUAAUAUCUACAUAUAUACAUGUAUAAACGCGCAUAUAUGCAUAUGUAUAUUAAGGAACUGGGAACUUGGAGCGUGAGGAAAUGAGUAGCUGGGCACUGAGAAGGCAUGCCUAAGUUCAGGUUCUGGGAGGUGGAGAGCAGACUUAUGUGGCACUAGUGCUACCCACCUCUUGGUACAACGGAAGGAGCUAGGGCUGGAAGAUGAGGUCUGGGGCAGUGGAAGGCAGUGCAGCCCUCAAGUGGGCGUGGCCUUCCAAUUUUGGCAGCUUGAGGUCAUGAGCAAGUGGGUUUGUUGUCUGGUUUUCUUCUUGUUCAUUCUGGUUGCUCCCCAGAAGAUUCCAGAAAGCAGAGUAAGGUAGAAAAUGGGGAGCUAUUCCUCAUAUGGAUUGUGAGCUUCUCAAGCAAUGACUACCCCAGGAUUAAGCCUGGUUAAGGUAAGAGAUAGAGGGCUACACAGAACACAGAGAAAGCACCAGAUGUGUGUGGAAACGUAGGGGAUGCAGAACUGGGCAAACCUUUCUUUCUCCCUUUUUAUUGGCUGGUAUAAUAACUUACUGAAGGCAAGCAUAUGGGAUGUUCAGAAUACAGAGAGCAUAAGAUUUAACAUAGAGAUUAUUUAAGAUAUAGCUAAUCAUUUGGAAUAUAUUUGUAACAUGACUUUUGAAAGUUGAGGGUUGGUGGCUCACAUGUCCAACUGCCUAUUGGACAUCUUGAACUGGAUGUCCCCUAGACCUUUUAAACUCAACUUAUCCAAAACUCAACUUGUCUUCUCUCCUCUCCUCCCUCAGCCUGCCCCUCUUCCUGUAUAUCUCUUUACUGUCAAGGGUACCACCUUCCUCCCAGUCAUGGAGGUUCCCAAUCUAGAUGUCAUCUUUGACUCUUUAUUCUCUGGAUUCUCACCCCCCCAUAUCUAAUCAGUUGCUAAGUCCUAUCAGUUCUACUCUCCUAACACCCCUAUCCCCCCUCUCUCUUCUAACACUACCACUACCCUGGUGUAGACCAUCAUCACCUCAUACCUGGGCUACUCCACAGCAUUCUGGUUAGUCUUCCUGCUUCAAGUCUCUCCCCACUCUUCUCCAUUUUCCACUCAACUGUCCAAUUGACCAGGUCACACCCUCAUGUCAAUAAACUCCACGGUCUGUCCAUAACCCCAGGAUCAAAUAUAAAGUCCUUUGCUUUGCCUUUAUAACCUUUAUAACCCUGCCCCUCCCUACCUUUCUAGCCUUCUUAUACCUGACUCCCUCCCCACACAUUCUACAAUCUAGUGACUUUGGCUUCCUAGUUCUUUGCACAGGACAUUCAAUCUCUUUACUCUGUUCAUUUUCCCUGGCUAUCCACCAUGCCUUGAAUUCUCUCCAUGCUCCCCUCCAUCCUCUGCCUUUUCUGGCUUCCUUCAAGUCCAAGUAAAAAAAUCUCACCUUCUACAAGAAGUCAUUCUAAAU